UUAAAAGGCAUGCUUCAAGUUCUUACCGAGUGGAAGGAGUUCAUGAAAUUUGUUGAGGACUAUUUCACAAAUUCUCUUCACAAUAUGAAACUAUUCCCAACUGAAUCCUCAGCCAACAACCAAACCACUCUCGUUUUCUUCCUCUGAUAUUCAAAUUUCGCUCACUAUUCCUCAAGAAAUCCUCUCUGUUCUCCAAGAAAACGCUCCCGUCAAUAAUGAUUCUUCGCAUUUUCUUCUACUCCCAAUUUCUCGUGUUCUUCGCGAUCUUCUACGCCUCAUCCUCCAUUUCCGCGGAUCGGAGAUCUCCUUGGGAAGGUCCCAAGUACAUGAAGUUCGUGUCGAACGCGACGGAAUUUCCUGUAAAAGAUUACUACGAUUACAUAAUCGUCGGCGGAGGAACAACCGGAUGCCCGCUGGCGGCGACGCUAUCAAGCCAUUACAGAGUUCUUGUUCUGGAGCGCGGCGGAGUUCCAUAUGGAAACUCCAAUCUAAUGUCGCAGGAAGGAUUCUUGAUGACUUUAAUGGACGAAGCCUACUCACGUGACUCCCCCGUGCAAGCCUUCACCUCCGAAGAAGGAGUCCCUAACGCUCGUGGCCGGAUCCUCGGCGGCAGCAGCGCCAUCAACGCCGGCUUCUACAGUCGAGCUGAUCGAGCCUUCUUUCACCGCUCCCACCUCAAUUGGGACCUCACGAUGGUCAAUCAGUCCUACGAGUGGGUCGAAAAGAAGAUUGUAUUCAAACCGAAUCUCAAGAAUUGGCAAUCGGUGGUUCGAGACGGAAUGGUCGAAGCCGGAAUCAACCCUUACAACGGCUUCACUUUGGAGCAUUUGGUUGGGACCAAAAUCGGAGGCUCCACAUUCGACGAAAUGGGCCGCCGCCAUAGCGCGGCGGAUCUUCUAUCCUAUGCGACGCCGUUUAACAUCCAAGUGGCGGUGUACGCGACGGUGGAGAGAAUUCUCUUGACUUCAACAGGACAGUUCGGACGUGCAGCAGUUGGGGUUCUAUACCGUGAUCAAAGAGGCGCGUAUCACCACGCGAUGCUAUGUGCGCGUGGGGAAGUUUUGUUAUCUGCAGGCGCUAUUGGCAGUCCGCAAUUACUGUUACUCAGUGGAAUUGGUUCACGUCCGUAUUUGUCGUCAUGGGGUAUUCCGGUGGCUCAUCAUUUACCCUUUGUGGGACAUAACCUGUACGACAACCCCCGUAACGGAAUCUCCAUAUUAGCACCGAUGCCGUUAGAGCAAUCGUUGAUACAAGUAGCAGGAAUAACGGAAUCCGGCUCGUAUCUGGAAGCGGCGUCUAAUGUAAUUCCGUUUACUUCACCGCCGAGGUCUUUCUUCAUAAAAACCCCAUCGGCGCCGGUUUAUUUGACGGUGGCGACAUUGAUGGAGAAGAUAGCAGGACCGGUAUCAUUCGGUUCGAUGCGACUGGCGUCGACCGAUGUGAGAACCAACCCGGUGGUUCGGUUUAACUACUUCAGCAACACGGUGGACUUGGAGAGGUGCGUGAACGGGAUGAGGAAGAUAGGGGAGGUUCUGAGGAGCCGGUCGAUGGAGAGUUUUAAGUUUAGAGAGCGGUCGGGGCGGAGGGAGUUCCGGUUCGUAGGGCCGGUUUAUCCAGCGGAUGAGGGGCGGUUGAGGGAGUUUUGUAGAGAAAGUGUGAGUACGAUAUGGCAUUACCAUGGCGGGUGCGUGACAGGGAAAGUGGUGGAGCGUAAUUAUAAGGUGAUUGGAAUGAAAGCGCUGAGAGUGGUCGACGGGUCGACUUUUGGGGUUUCCCCUGGUACUAAUCCUCAGGCCACGCUCAUGAUGCUUGGACGAUAUGUCGGCCUCCAAAUUAUCAACCAACGACGCUCCUCUGCUACUACCACCUAGUUUUUCUGCUUUUCUCUUCUUAUCGGAAUUUUACAUUUACCGCCUAA